CUUGCUUAGACCGUCACCCUGCAAUUGGUUGAGCUCGGCGGCCUUCCGUCACUCAUGCUUCUCCCCUUCCUGCAACACCCCACUUCACAGACGUCAUAGCCAUGGCGUGUAGACUCGCAAACUGCAAACACAGGAGCCUGAGAGUGUCAUGGUCACGCAACAACUCAGUACCACAGCUAUAUAAGCCUCUUGAACCCUCUUCUCUCCUCAUCCCCAGACCAGUUUCUGAAGAGCAUCUCAAUCGUACACAAACAUCUCAAAAUGCCUGUCAUGCCAAGCGAAGAAAAUACCGACUCUCACGUCUUUGACAAAGUCGCCAAAGAGUCCAGCGAUUCCACCGCCUCUGACCACCCCAUCCAUCAGGGACAGCAAAAGGCACAGGCUCAUCAUCAUCAGGGCAAAGGUCCUCAGAUCUCCGAUAGUAUUCCUGCUGAGACGAAGAGCAAGGAGGAGUUGAAGGCUCAGGCACAAGAGAUGAACAAAUAGACUCGACAUGAGUGACGAAUGAGAGACGGACAUGAUCCAACAUGGUAACGGUGAAAGCAAAAUAAAAUGGGUGAAGGGAAAAGAGCACACUCAAGGUCAUUCACAGGGAUGGAAUAAAUCAUUGAGAACCUGACGAUGUCUCCACCAUGCCCCUGUGAUGCCGCCAAACUUUGUCUUCAUGCCUCCAUUCCUCCCUUCGAAGCUGCCUACCGUGCCAGGUCCGUCGCUUUGCAUUUUGAUGGUCUAUCUGCAGAUAGCUCGUGGUUCCCUUAGGGCUCAUCAUGAUUUUCUGGCACGUUUGCCAGGCGGUUCGCCGUCGUCCUUUCGCUCCCAACUUCUGCCCAUUCCUCCAUUUCCCUCGGUCUCGUUAGCAGCCACGGUCCUG